AGUCUGAGAGGCCUCAUCUGGGGGCUUUAAGGCCGCGAUCUGAACCGAGGUGCCGGGCUGUGCUUCCAGCCGGGCUGGGAACCGGUUCUCGGGCCGGCGCGGGCCGCUCUCGUUCUGCACCUUAGCUGUGUGCACACUGCCAUGUGGGCCGCCUUGAGGUUAGCUCUGCGGCCCUGCGCCCGCGCCGCUGCGCCAGGGCUGCGCGGCUACCACGGGGACGCGGUGGCCCCGCUGGGCACCCAGCUGGACGCGGGCUCUGCAGUCUACCAGGAGAACUAUGAACAGAUGAAGGCGUUAGUGGACCAACUCCAUGAACGAGCACAGCGUAUAAGACUAGGAGGUAAUGAGAAAGCCCGAGCCCGGCAUAUGGCAAGAGGAAAACUGUUACCCAGAGAAAGAAUCGACAAUCUUCUAGACCCAGGGUCUCCAUUUCUGGAAUUGUCCCAGUUUGCAGGCUACCAGUUGUAUGGUGAUGAGGAGGUGCCUGCAGGCGGCAUCAUCACAGGCAUUGGGAGAGUAUCAGGAGUAGAGUGCAUGAUCGUUGCCAAUGACGCCACUGUUAAAGGAGGCACCUACUACCCAGUGACCGUGAAGAAACACCUGCGGGCCCAGGAGAUUGCACUGCAGAACAGGCUCCCCUGCAUCUACCUGGUCGAUUCAGGAGGGGCAAACUUACCUCGACAAGCAGAUGCGUUUCCAGAUCGAGAUCACUUCGGCCGCAUAUUCUAUAAUCAGGCAAUUAUGUCCUCUAAAAAUAUUACACAGAUAGCAGUGGUCAUGGGCUCCUGUACGGCGGGAGGCGCCUACGUGCCUGCAAUGGCUGAUGAAAACAUCAUCGUCCGCAAGCAGGGCACCAUCUUCUUGGCUGGACCCCCCUUGGUUAAAGCAGCGACUGGAGAAGAGGUGUCUGCGGAGGAUCUUGGAGGAGCUGAUCUUCAUUGCAGAAUGUCUGGAGUCACUGACCACUAUGCCUGGGAUGACCAGCACGCUCUCCACUUAACCAGGAAGGUUGUGAGGAACCUCAAUUACCAGAAGAAAUUAGAAGUGACCAUCGAGCCUUCUGAAGAGCCUCUGUUUCCUGCCGAUGAACUCUAUGGAAUAGUCGGUGCUAACCUCAAGAGGAGCUUUGAUGUCCGAGAGGUCAUUGCUAGAAUCGUGGAUGGCAGCAGAUUCAACGAGUUCAAAGCCUUGUAUGGAGACACAUUAGUUACAGGAUUUGCUCGGAUUUUUGGAUACCCAGUAGGAAUCAUUGGAAACAACGGAGUUCUCUUUUCUGAGUCUGCAAAAAAGGCUGCUCACUUCAUCCAGCUAUGCUGCCAAAGAAAUACUCCCCUGCUGUUCCUUCAAAACAUUACUGGGUUUAUGGUCGGUAGAGACUAUGAAGCAGAAGGAAUUGCCAAGGACGGCGCCAAGAUGGUGACUGCCGUAGCCUGCGCCAAAGUGCCCAAGAUAACCGUCAUCAUUGGGGGAUCCUACGGGGCUGGAAACUAUGGGAUGUGCGGCAGAGCUUAUAGCCCUCGGUUUCUGUACAUUUGGCCAAACGCUCGCAUCUCGGUGAUGGGAGGAGAGCAGGCAGCCAAUGUGUUAGCCACCGUAACCAAGGACCAAAAGGCACGGGAAGGGAAGCAGUUCUCUAGUGCUGAAGAAGCUGCCCUGAAGGAGCCCAUCAUCAAGAGGUUUGAAGAGGAGGGAAACCCCUACUACUCCAGUGCAAGGCUCUGGGACGAUGGCAUUAUUGAUCCGGUCGACACCAGACUGGUCCUGGGUCUCAGCAUUAGUGCCGCCCUCAACGCACCGAUCCAGAAGUCUGAGUUUGGCAUCUUCAGGAUGUAACCGGAAUAUAAAAUGUUUUCCACUGGACAUGUACCAGAAAUUAGCCAUGUAAUAGCUUCAAGAUUUUACACUUUUUGAACAUGUGGCUAUUACAGUAAAUUUUUUUUUU